AUGCCGACCACUCGAUCAUCAUUUGGAUCGGGGGGAUCCGUAUACGAUCUUGUCACGCUCAAUCUGGGCGGCAAAGAUUAUCUCAUGAUCGUCGAUACUGGCAGUCCCUACAGUGUUCUCGGAUUGUUGCCCGAGUUCCCGUUCCAACCUUCCAGUGCGAGCGUCAAUACAUCGCUUUCUGUGAAUAUAGCCUACACGAUCUCUACAGGCACCAAAAUGCGCGGCUGGUUGAUCAAAGACAUAUCGUACGGUGCGAAUAUCCAUAGACCGUUCACCUCGUAUAUAUUGGCAAUCGAUCAGCCGGCCAAAAUCUACGGGCCAAUGAUGGAUCCCGCCGUCGGUGUUUUUGGGCUCGCCACAGCGGCUGCCUUGGAAGAUAAGCUACGACGCCGAGGCCUACGACCGCCAGCCGAUCUGAAGCCUUUCGCAGUACUCGCGAACGAGCAAGGCAGCAUCAGCGCAGCUGUCGUUACGAUUGUACCGGGCAGAGCACUCAUCUUCGGACCGCCUGCCUACGAGUAUGCAUUAGGCUCGCCGUCAUGGCUCAAACGAAUCGAUGGCCUCGAUGUAGGAGGUUGGGCUGCCGACAUCCGAAUACCUAUGCUGCAAAUUGAUCAAAUCCUGAUCGAUACCGGCACUCAGCACACAAUGCUCGCGAACUUUGCAAUCAAGAUGUACAUCUGGUACAAUCCAGGCGCGUAUCUCAACCAAAGUUCAGGACAGAUCAUCGUCAGACGUACGCCCAAGAUGCUUCAGUUAUUCGUGGGAACACGUAUCAUCAACGUCCCUGGCGAGCACCAGUUGGCGCCUUGCAUACAGACUCCACGUGUGAUGGAGCUGUGUACAGUCUUCAGAGUGAAUUCUCUUGGCGAUAAUAUGAUUGGCAAGUACAUGCUGCGCAAUAUGGUGCUCUAUCUAGAUUACACAAAUGACAUGCUUGGCUUGGCGCCUUUGCGGCAGGAUAUUCCAGAUGCAUGA